GAUUAGGGGAAAAAGACUCUCUGUCUCAAAACGAAAAGGAAUCAUUUUGUAAUGGACGCAUUGGGUGGUUUCUGGGGAUUGAACGGUUUCAAUCAUCGGAGGAAGAAGAACAACUCUUCCGGCGAUAGGCGCAAUCAGCGGAAGUCCGGAUCGUCUGAUUCCGUCGACGUGAGCAGAGACGCCGCCGGUUAUCAGUUUCCGUUAAAGCAAGCUGUGACGGCCGGCGCGCUCACUUUCACAGGUGACACGAUCGCUCAAUUAUCAGGGAGGUGGAAGAAGAGAGCCGCCGCUCUUAAGCAAUCGUCUUCUGAUAAACCAGACCAGGAGGAACUGUGGAACCUUUUCUCAGAACAUGAUUGGGUUCGUGCACUACGGAUGAGUACUUACGGGUUUCUCUUAUACGGCCCUGGUUCUUAUGCAUGGUAUCAGUACCUUGACCGUUCUUUGCCGAAACCAACCGCGACGAACAUAGUGCUUAAAGUUCUGCUUAACCAAGUGAUCCUCGGUCCAUCUGUGAUCGCUGUUAUAUUUGCUUGGAACAACUUGUGGCUGGGAAAGAUCUCUGAGCUUGGAAACAAGUAUCAGAAAGAUGCUCUUCCAACGCUCCUCUAUGGGUUUCGCUUCUGGGUUCCUGUUAGCAUACUUAACUUCUGGGUAGUACCGCUUCAAGCUCGUGUAGCUUUCAUGUCAAUGGGUUCUGUGUUUUGGAACUUCUACUUGUCUUCAACUUUGAGCAACUAGUAACACAAAUAUUCAUCUUCAGCCUCACUGACUGAUGAUAGUAUCAAAGUGAAGCAGGAACUCUUCAAAAAGCUGUUCAAAACCUCUAUCAAGUUUCUUACGCUUUCUAUGGUUUUUCUAGAGAAAUUAAUACAGUAAAAAAAUAUAUAUUGGGAAGGAAUUAUCUCUUUGCGGUAAUUAUAGCAUUUGUUAUUGAAGGAUAAUUAAGCAUUUGUUAGAUUUAUGUAUUUUUAAUA